UCUUCAUUCAUUUCCUGCACAAUCCCAAAACGAAAAUGGCAGCCAUGAAUUCCAGCGUCCUAGCCUGCAAUUAUUCCCUCGGUUCAUCGGACCUCAUCACCAGCUCAAAGUUCUCUCCCUUGAUGCCUGCAACCACAUCAUCAUCUACACUCGUAAAGUGCACCGCCAUCAAAUCCCAGCAGGUUAGGGUUUCUGAUUCCAACAGAUCUAUUUCAAACGACGGCAGAAGAGCUGCUCUCCUUGGCCUUGCCGGCGUUCUAUUCGCCGCUGCCACCUCCUCCUCCUCCGCCAACGCCGGUGUCAUCGAGGAUUACCUCGAAAAGAGCAAAGCCAAUAAGGAAUUAAACGAUAAGAAGAGAUUGGCAACAAGCGGCGCAAACUUCGCUAGGGCAUACACUGUUCAAUUCGGCACCUGCAAAUUCCCUCAGAAUUUUACUGGAUGUCAAGAUCUUGCUAAGCAAAAGAAGGUCCCGUUUCUUUCAGAGGACAUAGAGUUGGAGUGUGAAGGGAAAGAUAAAUACAAGUGUGGUUCAAAUGUAUUCUGGAAAUGGUGAAACUAGAAUUUUAUUAUUAUUAUUAUUAUUAUUGUAACCCUUGUGUAAUAUUCAUAUUUUUAAUUUUGGGCCAUGUUCAAGUUGUAUAUCUAUCUACUUUACUGUUUUGAAUAUAAAUUGUCAAUCAUUUUUAAUUAACAAAUUUUGAUUUUGAUUAAUAAUUUU